AUGUCUGGCGCAAACAACAGUAUCAAGGUCGUCGCCCGAUUCCGUCCACAGAACAAAGUGGAACUGGCGUCGGGCGGCCAACCCAUUGUCUCCUUCAGUAGCGAGGAAACAUGUACUCUCGACUCCAAGGAAGCCCAGGGCUCCUUCACCUUCGACCGUGUCUUCGACAUGGAGUGUAAGCAGUCCGAUAUUUUCGACUUUUCCAUCCGAUCGACCGUCGAUGAUAUUCUCAAUGGUUACAACGGAACCGUCUUCGCCUAUGGUCAGACGGGUGCCGGAAAAUCCUACACCAUGAUGGGUUCCAGCAUCGACGACGAGGAGGGUCGAGGUAUUAUCCCCCGUAUCGUCGAACAAAUCUUCGCCAGUAUCAUGUCUAGUCCCAGCACUAUCGAGUACACGGUUCGAGUCAGUUAUAUGGAAAUCUACAUGGAGAGGAUUCGCGAUUUGCUUGCGCCCCAAAACGACAACCUUCCCGUCCACGAAGAAAAGAAUCGCGGUGUCUACGUCAAGGGCCUUCUCGAGGUCUAUGUCUCCAGCGUCCAGGAAGUCUACGAGGUUAUGAGAAGAGGUGGAAACGCCCGAGCCGUUUCUGCAACCAACAUGAACCAGGAAUCUUCCCGUUCGCAUUCCAUCUUCGUCGUUACCAUUACCCAAAAGAAUGUCGAGACCGGAUCGGCAAAGAGUGGUCAGCUUUUCCUGGUCGAUUUGGCCGGUAGCGAAAAGGUUGGAAAGACCGGCGCCAGUGGUCAGACGCUGGAGGAAGCAAAGAAGAUCAACAAGAGUUUGAGUGCUCUCGGAAUGGUCAUCAACGCCUUGACCGACGGCAGAUCAUCCCACGUCCCCUACCGCGAUUCCAAGUUGACCCGUAUUCUCCAAGAAUCUCUGGGAGGUAACAGUCGAACAACACUCAUCAUUAAUUGCUCUCCCAGUAGUUACAACGACGCUGAAACCCUCGGCACCCUCCGAUUCGGUACUCGUGCAAAGGCAAUCAAGAACAAGGCCAAGAUCAACGCCGAGCUCAGUCCCUCCGAACUCAAGGCACUACUCGGCAAGGCCAGAGGCCAAAUCUCGACUUUCGAAACGUAUCUCUCAAAUUUGGAAGGCGAAGUUCAGCUCUGGCGUGCCGGGGAGGCCGUUCCCAAGGACAGAUGGGUGGCCCCCUUGUCCGCAGAUGGCGUAGCCGGGACCAAAGCCGAAGCAAAGGCGCCUCGUCCUUCAACACCUUCCCGCCUCCUACCCGACAGCAGAUCCGAGACCCCAGCCAUCUCCGAGCGAUCAGGAACUCCAAGCUUACCACUCGACAAGGAUGAGCGCGACGAGUUCCUGCGCCGGGAGAACGAGCUCCAGGACCAGAUUGCCGAGAAGGAGUCUCAGUUCAACGCAGCAGAAAAGACUCUUCGGGAGACCAAAGAGGAGCUUGCCUACCUCAAGGAGCACGAUGCAAAGACUGGGAAGGAAAAUGAGAAGCUGAACGGGGAGGUGAACGAGGUCAAGAUGCAGAUUGAGCGACUUACCUUUGAGGGCAAGGAGGCGCAGAUCACCAUGGAUGCGCUCAAGGAGCAAAAUGCCGAGCUGACUGCAGAGUUGGACGAGGUCAAGCAGCAGCUUCUGGACGUGAAGAUGAGCGCCAAGGAAACAAGUGCCGUCCUCGAUGAGAAGGAGAAGAAGAAGGCUGAGAAGAUGGCCAAGAUGAUGGCUGGCUUCGACCUUGGCGCCGAUGUGUUCAGCGACAACGAGAAGGCUAUCUCGGAGGCUAUUUCCCAACUGGAGGCCCUUCACGAGGUCAGCUCCACGGGCGAGGUUGUCAACCCUGAUGAGCUUCAGGCUCUCAAGUCGCGCUUCGUCGAGAUCCAAGGAAUCGUUAGACAAGCUGAGCUGUCUGUCUACAGUGCUUCCUCGAGCGAAGCCGAUGCCCGUCGCAGAGCCGAGCUCGAAGACCGCCUCUCGGCUCUCCAGCAGGAGUACGAAGAGCUCCUGACCCGCAACCUUGGGGAGAACGAUGUCGAGGAGAUUAAGGCUCGCCUGGAGAGUGCCUACUCCAACAAGCAGACCACGUCUAUGGAGCUUGUUGAUGAGCUCAAAGCUGAGAUUGCCCAGAAGGCUGCCGAGAACUCCAAGAUGAAGACCCUUAUCGAGGAUCUCCAACAGAGAGUCAAGGCUGGUACCGCCGCGCCCAUGGCGAAUGGCAAGUCGAUUCAGCAACAGAUUGCCGAGUUUGACAUUAUGAAGAAGAGCCUUAUGCGCGAUCUUCAGAACCGUUGCGAGCGUGUGGUUGAGCUCGAAAUCUCGCUUGACGAGACAAGAGAGCAGUAUAACAACGUGCUCCGCUCAUCCAACAACAGGGCCCAACAGAAGAAGAUGGCCUUCCUGGAGAGGAACCUUGAGCAGCUAACUCAGGUUCAGCGCCAGCUCGUCGAGCAGAACUCGGCACUGAAGAAGGAGGUGGCCAUUGCUGAGCGUAAACUCAUUGCUCGUAACGAGCGCAUCCAGAGCUUGGAGAGCCUGCUACAGGAUAGCCAGGAGAAGAUGGCUUCUGCGAACCACAAGUUUGAGGUUCAGCUUGCUGCUGUCAAGGAGAGGCUGGAGGCAGCCAAGGCUGGCAGCACUCGCGGCCUGAACUCUCCCUCGUUGGGCGGCUUCAGUUUUUCUGGUGCUGGCAGCCGCAUCGCCAAACCCCUCCGUGGUGGCGGUGCUGAUAACCAGGGACCUUCCAUCCCUGUCAUCAACAGCAUCCAGCAGAACGAGGGCAGCGCCGGCAAGCGAAGCAGUUGGUUCUUCUCUCAGAAGUCUUAA